GAGCAGUAGCAAGCGUCAGGUGGAAGGUUUCAGAGCAGGGAUAUGUUAUUAGCACAUGAGAAGAUUCUCCUUCGUGGCUGGGUAAAACAUAGCAAAGGUCAGACACAGCAGAUCAGUGCUCUAAAAAUAUCAUUUACUGUCAGUAACUGAGCAACUCUCCUGCUCCCUGGUUUUCACAAAGCUCUUCCUGGCUAGCAUCACACAGCAAGUGAACGAGGUAACACAAUCAAAACCAGGAAGAAGAAAAAGGGUUUCAUUGAAAAUGACUUCUAACUGGCCAAAGACUCAAAAGAAGAAAAAUGCAUAUGCUUCAGUGAAGAUAGAUCCAGAGGACAAAUAUGUAACACCUGGAGCCUUCGAGCUGGAGCGUCUUUUCUGGCAUACUCCUGUGAAAUUCACACAUGUCAACGAGGUGUGGCCAAACCUUUACAUAGGCGAUGAGAAGACAGCUUUAGAUCGAUACAAUCUGGAAAAGAUGGGAAUGACACAUGUUCUUAAUGCAGCUGAUGGCAAAUGGAAUGUUGGCACAGGUCCUGAAUAUUAUAGCGACAUGGCCAUUGAGUAUUACGGAGUUGAAGCAGAGGAUCUUCCCCGAUUUGAUCUCAGCCAGUUUUUUUAUCCUGCUACCCAAUUUAUUGACAGUGCACUCAGUAAUCCAAAAAAUAAGCUUCUGGUACAUUGUGCAAUGGGAAGAAGCAGAUCUGCCACUCUGGUUCUAGCCUACCUAAUGAUUUAUAAAAACAUGACAGUUGUGGAUGCGAUUAAUGAAGUGAUUAAGCACAGGUGCAUUUUACCCAAUCGUGGCUUCUUAAAACAGCUAAGACAACUUGACAUAAAUCUGCUAAUAGAGAAAAAGAAUGCAAAGAAUGAUGUCAAUUCAAAUGGUGAACAAAAUGGAGAAAAGGAAGAUACAGUACAUUUAACAAAUUGUAACCAUGUAGGAGACUGAACAGGAUAGGAAGCAAUUGAUUCACUGCAAUCAUGCUCACGUUUCAGUAUGUCCCAGUCAUAAUGGUUUUCACAUAGAUAAAUAGUUGGUUGAAAGCUUUUGCUUGUUCUUUGGGAAUUAAGUUUUUAAUUUUCAGUAUGCAAGAAAAAUAUCUACACGUGUGUUUUUAAAAAUACAUAUCCCUAAUUAUCCCUAUGAACCUUGGUAUAUCAGUUAGUUUUAGCAAAACAUAUUUUACCUUAAGCAACUCAACAAUCCAUUCCUCAUAUUACAGCAAGUUGGCUUUUUUUCAACCUUUAUUUGAGAGGGAUGCUGACCAAAUAAUUUUUAUGCUCUUAUCUAAAAUUGUGUUCAGUGAUUCAGCACUGGUGCUGAAAUUCAUUAUUCUAAAUUAUAAAACAGCAAUACGUUUCUUAACAUGCUACAUCUGCUUUUGCGAUCAGCAUACCGAUAACCACUGUAGAUAUGUUAAAUUGACUUUCAUAUAGGAGUGUGUUCAACUAUCAACAUGCAUUUAGGGCUAAUGACUAAAAUGGUAGUACAGUCAACUCUUGAUUAUCCAGGGGCGGAUUAACCGGUUUGCAGAUUAACCGUGGUAAAAAAUAAUAUAGAUUGUGCAUUUGUGAAAAAAUUAAAAUGUACUACAAAUCAGUGAAAACAUCUAUCAGAAGGCGUCUAUUGUUUGGAACAAUACGAUACAAGAGACUGACAAAGGACGACAUUGUGAGGUCGCUUGGCGGAGAGGAGAAUGACAGCGAUAGUGAGGGGGAGGGGCUAGCUAGCAAAAACAAGAUCACGCAUGGUGCUGCGCUUAAUCACUUAGACUGUCUGCUGGACUAUUUAGAAAGUGAAGGACAGUUUGCUCAGUGACAAACUGAUGUUGCGUAGGCUUCGUUCUAAUAUUCGAAAAAAGGAGAGCUCAGCUAAGAAACAGACAACAUUAACAGACAACAUUAUUUUAAAAUAGUGUAACCUUUUGGCCGUUUUUUGUCAAGCAAUUUAUGUGAUGUUUUGUGUUCCUUAUUGUACUUGUAUUAUUUUUACACUUUUGGAUGACGUCUGUAGAAUGGUAAAUGUGUUCCUAAAUAUUGGAUGUAAUUUUAACUAAAUAAGUUUACAUUAAAUCAAUUUUGUACCACGUUUUGACUAGUUUUGUUUUAACUGUGAUUUUGGGUUAUCCGUGACCUCCUUCCACCCCCCACCCCCCCCAUUACCCCGGUUAAUCGAGAGUUGACUGUACUUAUUUUUUGUUGAUUGUGUAUAUACAGUAUUUUACUGACAUUAUGUGAAUUACCUUAAGUAAAGUUGAUGUUUAUUUGGUCCAUAAAGAUUUUUAAUUGCUUUAAAAAAUAAAUAAAUAAAAAAAGAAAUGACGGGUAUUACACAAAAUAUUUCUUAAAUCCAUCCACAAUAAAUGUCAAAUGUUUUAGG